GAGUCCGAGGAUCUGGUAUUUCUGAUAUGAUGAUGUUUGGAGAAUGUCAAUGUGUCAGGGCUAAUGCCAGUCUCUGAUUCACAGUUCAGUGAGCCUGAGAAAGAAAGCAGAGGAACAUAACUGGCUUUGAGGCGUCACAAUGGCAUUGUCCUUCGCAUUCCAGAGAGCGGAACGUUAUUCCGAGGGACAUUCGAUCAGCGCGUGUGCUUCUUCCGGGUCACUGUUGUGUGUGGGAGACUGGAGCUGCUGUUAAGUGCAAAUAUUAGCAUUGGGAAGGAAAGCUCAAUAAAUGAGCGUUUAGAUUGCGAAGGGAUUGCACUAAAAUUGUACUUUUAUAGAGUGCGGUACUUCGUCAGGAAGAAGGUGAUGUUUAUACGGAACAACCUCUGUUGAGCAUCUGCAGCAGUACUCUUGCCAGUAUAACAACGCGUGAAAGAAAGCAGGCCUCUCAUGUUAUUUUGAACCUUUAGCAUUGCUGGACAGAUGAGAAUGUAGUAUAUCGUAACAGUUUAUACUGCACCUUUAAAGAGUUGUUUCUACCUUUUUAUUGGGUGUUGAAACUUUCCCAUAUUGACUAAAGGUCCAUAACAUAUUUCGUAAUUAGUGUUACAUUCGUUCUAAAGCUCCUGGAAUCUCGAAUGAGCGUGUUUACAUUGGUUGGCUGGAUUUCCAGGCAUUAAUAUCAAGAAUUCUGAAACGGCAAAUAUAUAGUUUUCGCUUAGCAGUUGCAUUUUGAAUAUUCGCAUGUCGAGUGCAAAUGGCGAUGUUCUGCAUCCACAAAUGUCUGAAAUGUGGUUUAAGGAAUCAAACAUUGAAACAGAGAGGUCUAUCUGUGUACACGUCCGUUUAUAGAGUGAAUGAAGAUGACAUAAAGGAAAAACUUCAACAACAUCCUGGUGGAUCCAUUGAUUUGCAGAAAGAUCAAAAUGGAAUUGCUAACCUGAUUAUUAACAACCCUGAACGAAAGAAUGCAUUUUCUGGAACAAUGAUGUUAGAUUUCCGGGAUAGGGUGGAGGAGCUAGAACACUGGACUAAUGGAAAAGGUCUUAUAGUGAGAGGUGCAGAGAAUACAUUCUGCUCGGGCUCUGAUCUAAGAGCAGUUAAAGCAAUGUCAAACCCUGAGGAUGGGUUGAGAAUUUGUAUGUUUAUGCAGAACACCCUGACAAGACUUCUGAGACUACCUCUGAUUAGUGUAGCAUUAGUCCAGGGGAAGGCACUAGGAGGAGGAGCAGAACUUACUACAGCCUGCGAUUUCCGGCUCAUGACUUCAGGAAGUGAGAUUCGCUUUGUUCACAAACACAUGGGAUUGGUACCAGGUUGGGGUGGAGCAACCAGACUGAUUAAAUUGAUUGGCUAUCGGAAUGCUCUUAAACUACUGAGCAGUGCCCAACAUGUGAACCCUGCAACUGGUCUGAAGAUUGGUCUUGUUGAUGAAAUUUUAUCAUCCACUGAUGAGGAUAGCUGCCUUGAAGAGGCAGAAAACUGGCUGAAUCAAUACACAGGUGGAUCUUCACAAGUCAUUAGAGCCAUUAAGAAUGUUGUGGUUUCAGGGAGAGAACUGUCACAAGAAGAAUCACUAAAGAAUGAAAAGAGUAUAUUUGGUACUCUCUGGGGCUCUCAUGCCAAUCUGAAAGCUUUGGAUCAAAAUAUCAAACAUAAUUAGUGUCAAUCCAAUAUACAAUGGCCUCAAUUAGCCUCCACUGUUGUUUCAAAUUCAACUUGAUGUGGAAGUAAGCAUGUUUUGUAUGAGCAAGAGCUGAAGACAAAAUAUAAUGUUUCCACCUAGGAUGAAAUGGCAUUUUAAUUUAAAAUGUCUUGUAUGUAUGAUAAGUCAAAAUAUGCCUAAAACUAUAGUUCAAGAAUUACUUCAGAUUAUAAAGUACUGAGAUGUCCACAGGAUGUAUAAAACACUGUAAAAUGGUUUUGUUUCUUUUGAUCAAGUCUAAGCAUGAAACCCAUUGUAUAAUGCAUUUGUGUCUAAAUCAUGGAGUAAAUUCAAUUUCUAUAGCAAUAAUCAGUACUAGUAAUAUGUCUAUUAUUUAUAAUUGUCUUCCAGCUCCAAGUUGAAGUUCUCAUUGACAAAUGGAAUAAAAUACAUAAUCUACACUCCA